CUUGCUCGCGCACUCUUCACUCUUAUCUGACCUGGUCCAAAGGCCUAACUCGAAGUCGGAGCACUGACCUAUAAACGGAGCGAAACCCCUUCUCCUUCCCGACCGGCCCCGUACCCGACGUCUCCGAUGGCGUCGCCCGCCGGACAGCAACCCGUCAAGAAACGCAAGCUCUAUGAGAUGGAGCCUUCGCCUUCGCUUUCGCCGAGGCCUACAGCGACCUUCCCGGUCUCUCAGGAGGAGAUCAUCCGGCGGCGGAGGAACAAGGAGGAGAUCAGAAACCUCUACGACUGCUACAAGAGGAUUAAGUUCUGUGUCUCCCGGAAGGACCCUCGCCUCAUGGCCGAUUUUGAGCAGGCGUACCUUUCACUCAUCACCGCCUCAAGAGGUUGCACAAGCGUGCAACGGAUUGUGUCCGAACUUAUUCCACGUUAUGCAUCAUUUUGCCCAACUGCUUUGGAAGCAGCAGCAAAAGUUUCUAUCAACAUGUAUAAUUGGAGCUUGGCUAUACUAAUGAGAGGUGAAGAUCUAGAUGGUAUUGCAUAUCAGACUGCUAAGACCUGCAUUUUUGGAUUGGUUGAUAUAUGUUCUACAGCUUCAUAUGAAGCUCCAACAUCAUCUGUAAUCCACGGCAUCUGUGCCGCUGUUUUUCGAAAUGUUUUGACCUUCUUCAUUUCAUGCUUUGAGGGAAAGGAGAUAUAUGGCAUUGGAAACAUGGAGAUUCUAAAGCUUCAAGGACCCAUUGAUGAUUUUUAUAUUCUGAAGCAAGAAAGGGAAGAUGACAGUGAAUCUUCAUUGAGCAAGUUAUUCAAGUAUGGAGCUCUUUGCUUGCUGCGCAUAUUCUUCUCUUUUCCUAAGAACUUACUUGCAGCAUGUUUUGAGCUCAUUGCUACCAGUGGAACUGAUGUCAAUAAUAAACAAGGACAGUAUUUUCUUGAUCAGGUGACUAGUCCUUUGAAGGCUGAUGUGAUAACUGAUCCACUGAAUAAGCAUAAUGAAGGGAUUCCAUUUUCUACGAACCCGGCAAGGAGUGGCAUGGACCGUGAUUUAUUGGUUGAAGGAAAAUGUUUGUCAGAUGACGUUGUUGCAAAAAGCAGACCAUGUUGUUCAAAAAAUUGUUUUAUGGGAAUGGUAAUAAGCAGGAAGCCAUCAUUGAAAGGCUGGAUACUUGCAAGGUAUAAAAAACUUGCAGACUCGUUAAUCACACAUGAUGCUCUAGAAAUAUCAUCGUUCUUGGAAAAGGUUUUUUCUGUACAAGAGUUGGAUAAGGAAACUGCCUUUGAACAGAGUGAUGAAGAAAACAUCGAUUCAUCAAAUAUUGUGCAUCGCAAUGGGAUUUGCAACAGAGCUAUCCGUGAUGAUAAUGUUGGUGAUUUAUCUAGGAGGGAUCAGGCAUCACAACUGCAGGAUACAUCUCUUAGCAAGGCACCAUGUGUAGAUCCUAUUACUCCUGAAAGUGCAAGUCACAAUUUGAAUACUCACAAAUCAGUGCGCCUAUCAGAUGUUGAUAUUAAUAUAGCUAAUCAAGGUUUGUUUUGUGAAGGAGAUAGGCCUGUAUCUGCUAAUAAGCUAGAAUGUAGUAAUUUUGAAGAUUCACAUUUGGGCAAUUCAUCUACGCCAAGGGGUUCUAUUAGCAAUCUUUUUGUACCUGCUAUCUCUAGGAGUUCUUCGGGUAUCAGAAUGGAUGCCUCAACGGUUGAGACCCUUGCUGUUAAAAUUGAUAGUAUGCAUGAUUCAAAUGUUGUCCAUGGUUUUCCACAAAGCAUUCCAUCUCCUAAACAAACUUCAACUGCACAGCAUCAUACUUCUUCUGAUCAUUUUAUUUGGUACGCUGAUGGAGAUCCUGCUGCCAUGGAUGUUUUCUCUGUUUCCAAGCUAUUAUGGUUGGGCUCUCUUGGUUUACAUGCUUCUGAACCUUCAGUCAGACAACAAUUUGAAAAAUUUGGUCAUCUUGAACAAUUUCUGUUUCUUCCUGUCAAGAAUUUCGCUUUAGUUGAGUACAGGAACCUAAUGGAUGCUGUCAAAGCACGGGAAUGUAUGCAAGGAUCAUCACAGUGGGGUGGCUUCCUUAAAAUAAAAUUUGUUGAUAUAGGAUUAGGUAGCAGAGGAAUUGUCAAUGGUGUAGCUGUCGGUGAUAGUUGCCAUGUAUAUGUAGGAAAGGUGCCAACCCAGUGGAGCAAAGAAGAGAUACUCGAUGGAUUGAUGAGAGGAGUUAGAAAUCCCCUGAUGGUUACUGAUCUUACAAGUGAAAGUGCUUUGCUUUUGGAAUUUGGAACUGUCGAUGAAGCAGCAGCUGCUAUAGCACAUAUCAGAUAUCUGCGCAAAGGGUCUAAGAACCAAAUGCUGCGAAGCAGCAACUUGAUUUACCCAAAAGAUAGGUCGAGGGAUAUAGGAACUGCUUCAUAUCACAAAGAAUUCCAGUCUACUCCGGUAAGCUUGAAGGUUGCCAGGUUUGUUUCGUCUCAUGCUGAUCUUCGUGCUUCUUCUGGGGAAAGUAUAGCUCGAGCCCCGUAUUCCAGUUAUCUAACUUCUAAACCAGAUAGCUUCAUGCACGAACUUGCAUCCCCAAGGGUCAAAAUGGAGAAAUCCGUCUCCAUGACGUUGAAGGGCCAUGAAUUGCAAUCAAAUUGGAGUUUCAAAAGUGUUGCUGAGAUGACGGAUGUGGGAUCUAGGAAAGCUGAAGAGCUUGGAAGUAUCACAUCAACUGAUCUUUCAUCAUCAGAAACUCCAACAUCCACACGCACGGCUGAGCCAGCUUGGCCAUAUAAAAAACCGGAGAGUGGAGCACAGCCAUCAGCCCAUCGAAUUAUGCCAUAUGUUCAUGGUGGUUCUGUGAUACCUCCACCACUACAUUCUUCCUCAUCCAUUCGCCCUUUCUAUCUGCCAAAUAAUACCUGGGACAAUCCUUCUCAUAAUCCUUCCUUUAUGCUUCCCCAGGAUAGGCGAAAUCUUAGUUCUCAUACGCCUCUCCCUUUUAUACCUUCUUCAAUAACUCCACUUUCUCAAAUUCCCGCUGGUUCUAUCCAAAGAUUUGACCAAGUAGUUAAUGCACCAUAUUUGCCAACUUCAGCGCCACCACCUCCACUACCGCCUGAUGCCCCACCUCCGUUACCUUCUUCUCCACCACCACUGCCUCCUUCUCAGCCUCCUUUGAUUCCUCCUCCCCCAACUUCUCCUCCACCAUUCUCUCAGCCAAGUCACGAAACUACAAAACAACCUGGAAAACCAGCUUUGCAAUAUCAGUGGCAAGGCACUCUUUCUAAAAGUGGGGUUCACUACUGUACAUUAUAUGCAGUCAGGGAGGCUUCUCUUGCUUGCAAAUAUUUGAAUGCUGCACCAGAACCUGCAGAGUGGCCUGCAAGACUGGAUGUAACAAAAAGAACAGAUUAUAGGCAUGUGAGGACUACAUUUGGCAAUACUCCACCACAUAGAAGAGAAGUCUGUCGGUUGCUGCCAUCUACUACAAGUGAUCAGAAAGGCUUUAGUGAUUUCAUAUCAUAUUUGAAGCAAAGAGAAUGCGCUGGGGUUAUAAAAAUUCCUGCUACGAAGUCGAUGUGGGCAAGGUUGCUUUUUAUCCUCCAUCACUCCCUCGAUAUUUGCUCAAUGUUAGGGAUUGCACCUCAGCCAACCGAAUGCCUAAUCGCAUUGGUUUUACCGAAGGAAGCACAUUCGGACUUGAACAAGGUUUCCGGUGUAUAUUAUUAAUUGAGCAUCAAAAGACCACAAUUAGCCUCUUGAAGGACCACAAGCAGAAAUUUCUCAUCCAUCUCAAUCAAAAUCUGGAAAUCUUCUUGAUCAGAGAGAGGGAAGCAAUUUAUAUAAAAAAUGCUCAGGACUAACCUAAUUUGGUUUCAUAGAGGAGGAUUGUAACUGCCUGGCUUCUAUGGAGGUAACCUAGGAUAAUUUUUACUGCACUUUCUCACCAAAAGAUUGUUUAUAUUUUUAAUUUGAUUUAGUUGAUAGCUUUUUUGUUAUAAAGCUUUUUGCAAACUAGGAAAAAUUUUCAAGCUAGUCUUUACACAAAUUAGCCUCGGCAAUAUGAGAGUUUUGCUUUGUGGCAGUAGUGAAGAUCUUAGUUCA